AUGGCAAGCUACCGCUUCCUCAUCCAGAAGCUGUCUGGAUCCUUCGAGGGCUGCGAGUUCCCCCACGUCCCGCGCGCGAAGAACGAAGCAGCCGACACGCUCGCCAAGAUUGCCUCGUCACGACAAUCCAUCCCGUCCGACGUCUCCCUCGAGCACCUGCGCAAGCCGUCCGUUAAGCCAUCGCCGGACUCCGAGUCCAUCCACGUUCCAGACGACCCGGCCGCACCUCAACCCGGCCCGGGGACUGCUGAACCCGGCCCGGGGGAUGCUCAGCUCGACCCGGCCACCAUCGUCCCGGACCCGGCCGUCGCCAUCCCCGACCCGGGGGCUGCUCAACCCGGCUCGGGGGCUGCCGACUCGGAACCCACCCUGGUGGCCAUCUUCGCCGUGGAGCGGGGCAUCGAUAUCCUCCUCGACAUACAUCAGGGCGAGUGUGGGCACCACGCCGCAUCACGAUCCCUGGUGGCCAAGGCGUUCCGCCACGGCUUCUACUGGCCCACGACCCUCCAAGACGCCGAGUCGCUCGUCCUCAAGUGUGAGGGAUGCCAGCGCUUCAGCAAACGCAGCCACCAGCCGACGUCAGCACUCCGCACCAUACCGAUCGUCUGGCCCUUCGCGGUCUAG